UCCAAAGUCUCAUUGAUACCCUGUCUGUCUGCUGUCUGUGUGGACAUGAGCUCUGCCGCCUCCGUUUGUCGCUGCGAGGGUCGAUUUACUCUGGAUCUCUGGAAUAAGUUUUUUUUGUCUAUAAAACGUCCGUUCCCCGGAGCCAGAACACAUUUUGCUCAGGGAUUUUCCAUUCGGCAGCAUCAGGGAAACUUCUAAGACAUUAAUUGUGUCCUUCCCUCAAUUUGGGGAUAUUUUGAAGAGGUGGAGAGACAAAACUAAUAGUAUUUGGAAGGUGAAUAAAAAUAGUGUUUGCAGAGGUUGGAAGCUGUGUGUGUGUGUGUGUGUGUGUGUGUGUGUGUGUGUGUGUGUGUGUGUGUGUGUGUGUGUGUGUGUGUGUGUGUGUGUGUGUGUGCUCUGAUCCACUUCAGCAGGAUGGCACCGCCUGUGAAGAAAGACCGGAUUAUUACUGAACUCCCAAAGUGUUUUAGUCCACAUGCUGCGCUGCACACCAAAGACGGCUUCCACCCACAGGUCAGCGCCGUCUGUCGAGAACCGAAGACAGACACGCUCAACUUCAACGUGGCCAAAGUCAUUGUUGUGGGAGAUGUUGCAGUUGGGAAAACGUGUCUGAUCAGCAGGUUCUGCAAGGAUGCGUUUGACAGGAGCUACAAAGCAACCAUCGGCGUGGAUUUUGAGAUGGAGCGCUUCGAGGUUCUCGGCGUUCCCUUCAGUUUGCAGCUGUGGGACACUGCAGGUCAGGAGCGGUUCAAGUGCAUCGCUUCCACCUAUUACAGAGGAGCACAGGCUAUUAUCGUCGUGUUUGACUUGAGCAGUGUGAACUCAUUAGCACAUGCCAGAGAGUGGCUGGAGGACGCUAUGAAAGAAAACGACCCGUCCAGUGUUUUACUGUUCCUGGUCGGGACCAAGAAGGAUCUCAGUUCUCCAGACCUGCUGGCCUGCAUUGAGCAGGAGGCCAUCCGACUCUCAGAGGAAAUCAGAGCAGAGUACUGGGCCGUGUCCGCUAAGUCAGGAGACAGCGUCAGGGAUUUCUUCUUCCGUGUGGCCUCUCUCACUUUUGAAGCAAACGUUUUGUCCGAGCUCGAGAAAAGCGGGACCCGGCACGGCGCCGACGUCAUCAAAAUCGGACGUGGCAAAGAAUCCUCAUUUAAGAAUAAAUCUAACUGCUGCUGAUGAUGCUGAUGCUGGACUGACGGUACAUGUGUGAACCCUGUGGAGAUGGACUAAUAAGUGUACUGGCUCUAAACAACAGUCAGAUUAGUGUCCUCUCAGGAAUGUCUGUACUUCUGGACAGAUCUCUAACAAAUAAAACUUUGUGACAUUC